AUGAAGAUUGACAGGUUUAGAGAGGUUGUCUAUGAGGGGCUUUUUUGCGAUAUCCUCUGGUCAGACCCAAAUCCCAACUUCAGAAAUAAGCUGAAAGUAGUCAUUAGAGGCCAUGAAGUUCAGGAAGAGGGAUAUGCUCUCUUAGAUGAGUACAAUAACCAUCCUACUAUUCACACGAUGAACAAGAUGCCACAAGCAACAAACAAUGAACAAACUCUUGAGGGCAAUUUUCCAGAAAUUUCAGAGGAGUUGAAUGCUUCCCUUCCAGACAAAAACUAUGAAUAUCCAAUUAACGAGAAAUUAGAAGGAACAUUAAAAAAUUCCAGUAUGGAAACAUCAGAAACUAUGGUGGAGAAAAUAGUAGAAACAUUAGAGAAUCAAUAUAAUGAAGUAUUUGCCAAAAAUAUGGUGCUUUUAAGAACAGAGCGAGAAUGCAUAGAUGAGUUAGAAGAUGAUGAUUCUACGCUAGAUUGUUGCUCGUUGCGGAAUAAAAGCUCUAGAGACAUAGAAUUUGAAGAAGCUUCCGAGAAGGACAGAGUAAAUGAGGAGGCACAAGUGUUGGAUGAUACUUCAGCUAGCAGAUUAUCGUCAAUAAUGGAAAAAAAGAAAAGAUUCAUCCAGAUAAAGAUGGAUAUUUAA